AUGGAGUCGGACGAGUACGACUUUCAGGAAGAUGAAACAGAACACGACCAUCAUGCAGAGGCCGAUGUCGACAAUGGGGAUGCGGUUGAAUUGGAAGACAGUUUGGACGGCGCCGGAGGAAUGUCUGACAAUUAUGCGGAAGACGAGUUUUACACUGUUGAUUCCGUGGAGUCGAUAGGUUGGAUUGAUUUUUUGAACUUGAGCAAGGAGGAUAUUUUCCGGUUUAAUUUCGCAGACGUUGACAUUGCAUUUGAGUUCUACCAGCAAUAUGCAAAGCACCAUGGCUUCGGGGCGAGACGUUCCAGAAGCGAAAAACGCGGCGAAGUAAGGAUACGGCAGGAGUUCGUGUGCCACCGACAAGGGUACCGAUCCCCGAAGUUCUACUCGAUGCCUAACCGGAAAAAGAGGCCGAGGGCCGAGACACGUUGUGGAUGCCCUGCAAGGAUGCUACUCCGCAUGGACGAUGAAUCAGGACGUUGGCUCGUUGCGUACUUUUCAGACGUGCAUAACCACCACGUUCUUGAGUUGCGAUUUUCUUCCAUGCUUCCAGGCCAUCGGAGGAUGAGCGAAGCGGACAUCGAGCAGAUGAACGACAUGCGCAAAGGGGGCAUUGGCGUCUCCCGAAUCUACGGUUUUAUGGUGAGCCUAGCCGGCGGGUAUCAUAAUGUCCCGUACACAACAAGGGACAUGCACAAUGUAAAUGCGAAGCAACGAAGGGAGGGUGGCCUAGAUGCGGAAUCAUGCCUAAGGUAUCUCCGAGAGUGCAAGACAAAUGAUCCAGCACUGUACUACAAGGAAGUUGUUGACGGUGAGGGCGUGUUGCAACAUUUGUUUUGGUGUGACGGCACCAGCCAAAUUGAUUACCAGGUGUUUGGAUACGUGGUUGCAUUUGAUGUAACGUACAAGAAAAACGUUUACCUUUCACCUCUUGUAGUAUUCUCCGGUGUGAAUCACCACAGCCAAACGGUUGUCUUUGCCACCGCACUGGUGGCAGACGAGAAAGAAGAGACCUAUGUCUGGCUGUUUCAACAGUUGCAAACUUCAAUGAAAGGGAAGGCUCCCGUGUCCAUAAUAACCGACGGUGACAGGCAAAUGAAGUCUGCGAUCGAGCAAGUUUUUCCGGAGGCUCACCAUCGACUCUGCGCUUGGCAUCUACUCCGAAACGCCACGAGCAACAUCGGAAAGCCCAAAUUCACCAGGAUGUUUAGGGAUUGCAUGCUUGGCGACUACGAGGUCCGAACAUUCGAGAGAAAGUGGUUUGAGAUGGUUGAGAAAUUUGGCGUCGCCGAUAAAAGAUGGGUACAGGACAUGUACGAGAGAAGGCACAGUUGGGCCACAACACACAUACGGGGAAAGUUCUUUGCCGGAUUUCGAACAACGUCAAGGUGCGAGGGCUUGCACGCUGUGAUAUCACGGUAUGUUAAGUCUCGAUACAGCUACACUGAGUUUUUACGUCAUUUCCAGCGAUGCUUGAUGUUUGUGCGUGCAAAGGAGGUGGAGGCUGAUUUCGAGUGUGCAAAGGGUGACCCUGUUAUGACCACCAACCUGAAACAGCUGGAGCGGAGUGCAGCCGAGAACUACACUCGUGCAAUAUUCUAUUUGUUUGUUCCCAUUCUUAACAGGGCCUGUGUAAUGAGGGUGGUUGACUCUGAAGACAACGGUUCCUAUUUUAUCCACACCGUCUCUCGAUACGGCACUCCGGGGAAGGAUUGGCGUGUUGUUGCAACGUCUGAUACGAGGGAGGUCCGAUGCACGUGCAUGAGAAUGGAAUGUUUCGGGGUCCCCUACGAACAUAUAAUUGCGGUGCUUGUUCUUAACAAUGUUCAUGAGAUCCCGAGGUCUCUGAUAUUGCCGAGAUGGACCAAGGAUGCAAAACUUGUGGCGGUGCAGUCGAUGGGCGUGAUUUGGGAUUCUGUGCAACUGACGCAACACUGGUGCCUGAUGGAUUGGUACCGGAAAGUGUGCAAGAUUGCAUGUCACAGCACUGAAAAGUUCUAG